UUGUCUUCCUUUUUGGGGCUUGGGGGUCAUGUAAAUGUAGUUUUUGAAUUCAAUGGCGGGUAAUGAAGGUAUGGAAAGUAGAUGGAUGUUUCACCAGCAGAAUUUUGUGGUUUGUCGUUGAGGGAAAUGGGUUAUAGGUUGCUUAGCAACUACCCUGGUUAGAUUUUGCUUCCUACACGGAGGCACAAGGAUGAAUGUGUAAGAGUUUGCUUAGCAAUUUCCCUGUUACUGCUUUUUUGCAUCAUGAUCAUUUGUGAUUUUGUACUCUUUUUUGCAAUAAUUACACCUUCUAACCCUUCAUUGAACUCCCUCUUUGGUAAAUUAAGGUGAAAAACUAUAAAAGAACAGAAAAAGGAAGGAGUAGAUGGAUUUAGCAGACAAGGCCGUGGGGCUGCUGUUAUCGGUAAUCAGCUUGUCAGUUUUCACUUACUAUACAUUCUGGGUGAUCAUACUGCCGUUCGUUGAUACUGAUAAUUUUGUGCACAAGUACUUUUUGCCUCAAGAAUAUGCCAUUCUGAUUCCGGUGUUUGCUCUUGCGGCGCUGCUUUGCUUCCUCUGCAUGUUUGUUGGAUAUGUGAUGCUCAAAUCCAAAAAGAAGAAGGCAUAAUGCAAGAUCUAUAGUGUGUGCUGCAACUACCAUUUUUUUGUCACAUACAGAUAGUUUUAUUGCUGGGUUUCUCUUUUACUUGUAAAUGGAGGAUUUAGAUGAUUGCACUCAGUUCCUGUUAAUUUGGUGAAACCUGAAACUGGUAAUUGUCUUAGAAAAAAAGCUGACAAAUUGCAGAUAAAGAUUAUCUUCAGAUAUUGUUAGCCUGCUCUUGUAAGAGAGCAGUUGGUAUCAA